AUGCCGAAAAAGCAUGCUGUUUUUAUCCCUGGUGAAGCCAUUGUUCUACCUUGUAAAGUAAAAGCCUGGCCAUCUCCAAAAUAUCACUGGACUAAAAAUGGGCAAGAUUUUAAUUGGGCUGGUAAUAUCGGUCGGUACACGAAAUAUCCUGGUGAAGGAACUAUCGUUCUCGCAAGACCUGGAACAGAUGAUGAUGGUCAAUACCAGUGCUUUGCAGAAAAUAAAUAUGGUGUUGCAGUUUCUAACGUCAUUAAUGUGAAAAGAGCAGAAAUGGGGCAGUUUGUUGAUUCAAAGAUAAUCACCAUCCGUAGAAGAAUCGGAGAAUCUGCAACUUUGCCCUGUCAAGUCCCUCUUGGUUACCCUCCACCAGUUGUCACUUGGCAAACCGUUAAAAAUGCUCAAUUGGACUAUAUCAAGGAAACAAGUCGAUUGGCCAUUGACAUCGAUGGAACUCUCCAUAUUGCUGCCGUCUUGGCGACAGAUGACGGGGUCACAUUUCAGUGCGUUGCUAAUAAUGAGAUUAUUCGUGAGCAGACAACUGGACCGGGAUACAAAAUCAUAGCUAUAUAUCCCGAAAUAAAUCAACCAAUCACUUUCCUGUAUCAAACUCCUUACUUAUCCCUCGCUGUUGUUGGAGAAAUACUACGAUUGCAGUGUAUUCUAGGUGGUUAUCCACUUCCGAGUUAUAGAUGGUAUAAAGACGGCGUUGAUGCUACACUGUCUCCAAACACAAAUAUUGUUAGCAUGGGUACGACACUCGAAAUAAAUCCAGUGACGAAUGCAACUGCUGGACAGUAUCGCUGUCAGGGCGUAAAUGAGGCUACAAUGACUUCAAAGAACUAUGAGUACGAAGUUCGAGUGAAGUCUGCCCCAAAGCUAACUAAAUUCCCAGUUGAUACAACAGUUCCCGAGAAUGGCAGUAUCGUAUUCACUUGUGAGGCUAAUGCUGAUCCAAGGCCAAUGAUCAGAUGGACAGUAAACGGUUUAGAUCCUUCUUUCUACCUUGACGGAGUUCGAAAACUCAUCAGUGGAAAUUCAAUGAUUCUCAAUAACUUGACAGUGGAUGAUAUUGCAGUUGUUCAAUGUAACGCGUCAAACUCUUUUGGCUAUGAAUUUGUCAAUGCCUAUGUGAAUGUUCUUAGAGAACCACCAUAUAUCUACGAAGCUCCACCUCAAAAUAUGCGCCAGGUAGAAGGAAUUCAGGUUCUACUUCCUUGUAGAAGUUAUUCCGCUCCAAAGGCCCUCGUUGAGUGGCGAAAAGAUGGUCGACCAAUCAAUGGUGGUAGAUACCAAUUAAUGGAGAACGGCGAUCUUUUAAUUGAGUCUGGAGCAGUUGCUGAUACAGGGGUCUAUGAAUGUACUGCAAUGAACCCCUUCGGUGUGGCCAAAGCAACUGGAUCUCUAUCUGUUCGUCGAAAGACUCGAGUCACCCUGGCUCCAAUCGAGACAUGGGUCUAUGAGGGACAGUUGGUGAAGUUUGUCUGCACUGCGACUACUGAUCCCGAGGAAGUAGCUAAUCUAAAAGUCACGUGGUACAAGGAUAGCAACCUGAUUGACCCUCUUCUCACUCCUCGUAUUGAGCAAGUUGGAUUUGAUUACUCACUCGUUAUUGGAGGAGCUCAAACGUUGGACACUGGACAGUAUCGUUGCAAUGCCACGAAUGGAUUAGACUUUGCCACGGCGACUGCAUCCCUCCUUGUUCAAGGUAGACCUAAUCAACCGAGAAAUCUAGUUGAGGAUUGCAUUACUUUCGCUUCUUCACAAAAAGCCAUGCUCAAAUGGGCUCCAGGAUCUGACAAUUACGCCCCGAUUAUCGAGUAUAUUGUUGAAUUUUCUACACAAUUUGAACGGGAAACAUGGUAUCGAGCUGAGAUUUAUAAUCUGACUGGUCUGCUUCAGGCGACGGAUGCCAAGAUUGUCAUGCGACCAAAUAUCGAUUAUCGAUUCCGCGUCCGUACACGCAAUCGUGUGGGCCUAUCAGAGCCUAGUAUCUCCACAACUGGAACAUGCUCAAUCUUAGCAACAGCUCCUAAUAGCAACCCGAAUGAGCUCUACGUCUAUGGAACCGCACCGAACAACCUUGUUAUUCAGUGGUCUACAAUGCCAUACAUUGAGCACUAUGCAAGUAACCUUGUCUACUUACUAACCGUUCGAUGUCUUGAUUGUAAUAAUAUUGGACCCACUGAUGUUAAUACUACAAUUAUUAGUGAUUGGAGGACUGAUCGAAUAACCUACACCAAGUUUCAAUCUGGAGGUCCAUCAAAUAGAAUUACCCGACCGAUUGAGUCAUACAAAUUGUUUGAGGUGACGAUUCAAAGUCGAAAUGAUAAAGGCACCAGCACAAAGGUCGCUACAGUAGCACGGGGUUAUUCUGGAGAAAAUAUGCCAAGUAUAGCCGCAUCUACACCGACGGUAGUUCAAUCGACUUCAGAUGGAGCCGUUUUGCAGUGGAUUGUUAUCACCCAAAAUCAAGAACCACAGGUUAAUGGAUUUUUCCGUGGUUAUAGAGUUGAAUGGUGCCUUGCUUCGUUAGCUCAGAUGGAAUGUGAAAGGCAAAAGCGGUUCCAGGACGUCCUAUUUCAACGCCUCUCUGUCCCAAUAUCUUACUUUCGACAGCCCCGUUCCUUGCCAGAAGAUAACUUUGGCAGUAUCGAAGACGACUAUUCAUAUCUAUCCCGUUUCUUCUAUACUCCUCCUGCUGCUCAUCCUGAAGAAGGUUGCCAUUCGGAUACUGCUGAAGGCUACUGCUCCAGUAGAGCCUUUCAACCCCAGUCGGUUUUGGGUGAGGCUGUGCAACAUGUUAUCACGCGCUAUACACGUCAGUUAGUUACUGCAUCAACUUUAGCGGAUUCGGCACUUUCAAUAAUCCCUGUUACACUUCGAAAUUUUACCUGGGGAGAAAUGAUUAAUCACACAUUAACUGGUGCACCAGGAAAUACACAGAUUAAAGUCUGGCUUCGAAUUCUCAACAGUCUUCAUGCUGGCCCUAUGAGUCCUACAGUGACUUUUCAAACACUCGAAGGUCCUCCAGGACCUGUUUCAGAACUCAAAGCUAUCGUAAUUGGCAUCAACAGAGUCAAUAUAUCGUGGAAGGCCCCAUCGCAGCCUAAUGGAUUAAUCACUGGUUAUGAUUUUGAAGCUCGAGAAAUAAAUGGUUUAGAUAUUGCUCUGUCAUUACGAUAUCCUACUGUAUAUGACGGAUCUUUGGUUUGGUAUGAAGUAACAGCUCUUCGCGCAAACACCUCUUAUCGAUUAGUUGUGAUACCGAGGACGUCUGCUGGACUUGGAAUAGAUUGCUUUAUUGAUGUCACAACACUGGAUGUCACGUCAACUCCUUCGCCACCAACUUUCUUCAUAUCUGACAUCACCGAUACUACCUUCAACGUGACCUUCGAACCCAGUCACCGUGGGGAACCAGGAUCCGUUUUCUUUGUUCAGUAUAGAAUGCCUGGGAUAAUCCUUUGGCAAGAAUCUCUUAGAGUAUUCCUUUCUCGUACUUUCUAUGUGACCCAACUUAAUCCCUCAACGAAAUAUGAGGUGCGAAUGAUAGCAACCAAUGGCGCUUUGAUUUCUACAGCCUCAGAAUCAAAAUACAUUACCACUACGGGUCCUCCACCUCCAGGAGGUUUGGAAGGUUCCAGUGCUAUCUGGUUUGCCGUCACAAUCAUUAUCUUCAUCAUUGUGAUUUUCGUAUUUGUUCUUCUUAUUUGCAUCAGGGGCCAACGUUUUAAAGAAGUUCAAGAAAAGGCUGCACCUACUGAACCGUUAUUUGAGGUCCCAGAAAUGUUUGCCGAGCCGCAGUCACUUGCGAGUGUGGAACAACAGAUGCCCCUGAAUGCGUCAGUACCCUACGGAUCAAUAGGCUAUGGUCAACACCCUCCAAGCCAUUUGGCUUCCACAAUUGGAGAUGAUAACUUUGAGGGGCAGUAUUUUCCACGUCAACAACCCCAUGGGGGAAGUGAUAUGACCUGGACGGGUGGAGAGGCCAAUCGAUCAAUUUUCAAUCAAAGACCAGGUGAGGAGAUCGAACUCUCGGAGAUCUCCUCUCCUUCUCACACGGGUAGAGGUGGUCGUCGCACUUCAAGGAGUAGCGGAAUUGGUGGAAGUGGAGAUGGUGUUAGUAAUUCACGGUCUCGAAGUAGAUAUCGUCAACACCAUGAAAGCUCCGUCGAUUCUCAACCGACUUUCAUCUAA